AUGAAUGCUCUCUCACAAACCCAGCAGAGCAUGAAUUCAUCGGAGGAGACGAAGCCAACACAGCAAGGCAUUCACCACCACGUGGCGGAUGCUGAUGAAUUGUUGCUGAAUAUUUCUGCCAUUGAACCUCUCUCUGCCAUGAAUCCAUACGAUCUGGAAGAAGAUAAAAACAUUGAACAUCCGUUUCUUGAUGAUCAGAGGACGAAUUCAUACGAUGAAGCGAACGUUGAUGAACAACCACAACAACACCCAACUCAUCAUGUUUAUAUAGAUGCCUGUAGUAAAAUUGAUGAUUUGAAUCUAUCAGCUAUUGAACCAGUAGCUACCGAACAACAUCAUCCAACCGAAGAAUUACAUCUACCUUCUUCUCAUCAUCAAGAAGAAGAAGAACAACAACAACAACUUCUCACUGAAAUCACUCAACCUCGUUCUCAUCCUCCAAUCAAUGAGAGUGUUCUUCAUGAAAGUAUUUGUAUUCUGAAUCCUUCUGAGGAACAGCAACAUCAUGAAGUGAUUACCCUUAAGAAAGCAAGACGAAUCAAACGACGAGCAAAAACUUCCAAUCAACAACCAGGUGGUGUAGAUCUCUCAUACCUCGAUGAAUCAUUCUCCAUCAUGAAUCAUCCUAUGAAUCUUCAUCCUAACAAUAAUAAGGAAUCCUCUAACGAUCUUAAUCAAACCAUUCCUAUCAGUGAUCCAUUCUUGGAUCAUCAAGAUUUCUCGUUGAAUCAUCAUGUUACAGCCUCUCCUAUUAAGCCAUCAGUUUCAAACCAACAGCAACAACAACAAGAAGAAGAACAACAAAAUUCAUCCAACAACCGUAAAAGCUUUGGAAGAUCAUCCGCUUUGAUUGAAAAAGAUGCACCCAUCUUGGAUCGACUCUACGACUCGGACGAUGAUCUUAAGGAAACGAUUGAAAAGUUGUCAGAUGUAGCCACUGGUUCAAGCAGUUCUCCUUCCUCAUCAUCAUCCUCGGAUGCCCUCUAUUCGGAAAGCUCGAAUGAAAGUGUUUGUUAUCCCUCAUUUAGGAAUACGAUGCGAACACGAGCUCCCUUCUCACGAAAAGUCAACAAGUCACAACGACAUCAGCACACUUACAAGACAGAUUUCUCUGAAGAUGUCUUUUCGAGUGACAGUCAAAAGUCGUCGUCAUCCUCAGAAGAAGAGGAUCAAGUAUCCACUCAAGGAUUCUUCUCUGGUUUUCAAUUCAUUAUUGCCGAUUUAAAAGCAAAGGAUAAUGUUCUCAUGACCAUUAAGGAGAAUGGUGGAAAACUUGUUUCUAUGAGAGCCGAUAGCCCAUGGUACACUCUGGACAAGUUGUCAGAUGCCAAGUUUGCUUCUUCCAAGUUUGUUCUCAUUGCAGACGAGCCACGAAUGAAACCUAGUUAUGUUGUGGCACUCAUGUUAGAUAUUCCACUCCUCAAGAAGGAAUGGCUUUUUGAAUGUGCCAAACAGUAUCAAGUCAUCACUGAUUCGAGCAAGUUUUUGCAUAAACGAGGAACCUAUGUCGCUGUUGGCACUGGAGAAAAAGUUGAGGUUUCUCAACACUUCAAUGCAUCAUUUAGAAUCAAACCUUUACAAGAGCGUUUGUUCUAUAAUUUUGUUGUCAAGAUUAUAUCGAGUGACUCAAAAUUUACUGAAACGUGGAAGAAGAUUUUUGAAGCAGGAGGAGCCAAAGUAGAAGAUGAAAUUUCUGGCUUGAUUGGAUUCCAGAAGAAUUUUGUACUCGUGAAAGAGCAUGAAGAUAUCACAAAAUCAAGACUCGAUUUUUGUAAUGAGCACAAAAUUCCCAUCAUUGAUAAGGAUGCAGUACUUCAAUUAAUAAUAUCUGGUAAGACAGAUUCAAUACAAGGAAUGAGAAUUCGACAAGCAGCACAAAAGACUAAGUCAUUCAGUAAGAACGCGUCUUUCAUUGCUGCUACAACUACUGCAACUAACACUAGUACUACUAACAUUACACAAUCGUUGGAUGAUUCUAUCAUGUUACCUUGCACACCACAACACAAAAAGAAGAGGAAGAAGGCAGUCAAUGCUGCAGUGGCAAGAGCUGCCAAAUGGUUUGCGAAUGUGCAAGAUGAAAAUCCAUGUGAUAUAAGCAUCAUUGACAUUAGAACUCCUACGAGUGCCACGACAACCUCUGAAUUUUUCAAAAAGAAGGGAUUUUUUGAAAAUGCUGCUGAGUUGCAAUCUCGCGGCGCCAUUACACACAAUUCGUCAUUCAUUAUCAAGAAGCAACCCAAACUAGACAAAUUAGACAUGUCAUUUUCUCGCUCAAGAUUAGACAUGAGCAUUCUUGGUACUGAGGAUGCUUCUCCACCAGAACCUGCUGCAGCGUUGACACCUGGUGAUUAUUUUCUUAAGGAAGAAAGUUUAAAACUUCAAAAGACACGCUUUGUUCGUCUCUCCAAAUUAGCCUGCUCCAAAAGAAAGCAUUCCACAGAAGACACACAAAACUCUGAUCAACAACAGCCAUGGCAAAUGGAAACUUUUUUCAUUGGUGACAUGGUUGCUGUUCGAUCUGAAAACAUUUUUGAAAGCUCGACACUCAAAUACAUACGAAUUGAUAAGCUCCAUUAUAAGGAUAAUGUGACCGAUGGUAAAGAAAUGCAAGGAACCGAGUUUACCUUAGAGGAAAAGUCUUCAAAGAUGCUUGUCCCAACCAAUCGCUCGAUCAAGUUUAGUUUAUCUGCUAUUUGUUACAAAUUAGCAAUUGUUGCAUCGAAUAGUAAUGUCGAAGAAGCAACAACAGCACCGAAGACAGAAAAAAAGAAGAAAAAGUCUCAACGAAAGGAAUUCUUUUGUGACUAUGCAUUUAAGAAUCUUAAAGUGAAACCAGUACAUGAUCCUGCUGUGAAAGAAUUACAUGCGCUACCUCAUGAUCAAGAACUUGCCUCUGAAUUGGAAUUGAAGAGAGAAAAACGAUCUGUGAAAAAUUCCAUUCGAUUCAAGAAUCCACAAUUUAUCAGGUUCUCUACUUUUGAUUUCAAUGGUUCUACUUUUGAAGAAGGAACCUUUCUGAGAUUAUUUACUCGAAACGCAUUCUUGUCAUCCUCGAAUCAACCACGACACAAUGGAACAGUAAUUCGUGUCAAGGAAAUACGGGAAGGCAACAUUGCACAAUUUGUGAAUACGCUCAACACUGCCAUGAUUGAUGGAAGUCAACCAUGUCCAAUUUUGAGACCAAGUAAUUCUUCAUCUCUAGUUUUUGAGGUAUUUAAGAGUGUUCCUGAACGUGAAAAGCUUUACACAUUCACUCAUGAAGUUGAGGAGAUUUUGUUGAGCCAAGUGUUGACAUUGGAACCUCUGGUGGCCCUUCAGAAGGAUGUUUUUGAUCCUUCUUUGGAUGUCAAGGUUUUGAUGCAAGAAAAUGAUGUCAUUGUUAUUGAGUAG